AUGGAGGAUCGAGAAGAAGCCAACCCUCAUCACAAUCUUCAACCAGUGUAUCCGGUCUACCAGCUGGGCACUGAUCAUAUGGGACAACAAGUUUUCUAUGGAGUUCAACUCGGCAAUGAACAAAUGUUUGCUUCCGGAGAAAUUUAUCAGGUAAUUUUUUUGUUUUGUGGUUGAAUUUUAGGUUGUCAGAGGUCUGAUGGGACUGAGUUAUUGUCAGGUUGUUGUAAUCAGGUUUUUUUGCACAGAGUGAAGCGCUUUUGAAAGUGUAAGGCGCUUUUUUUGGGGUUCGCACGGUGCGGAAUUCAGGAAAUUGUCGUUCUGCACCGUGCAGAUGUGAAUUUUGGAGAUGUUAUGGUACAGGAAUUUGCAGCAAAGUCUCUCUUUUAUGGUGUAAAAACAUUUUUUGAAUUUUGCACAGUGUAACAAUCAAAUCCAUUUUGUUCGCACUGUGCAGACAGAAAUUUUUGAAAUUCGGACUGUAAUAGUCUGAAGGUGGAUUUUCAAGAAUGAAAUUGUAAUUUUCAGAACGCCGGCAACUUCCAGCAGAUCCAGCCCCAAUUUUAUAGCCCGGCUUCGGCUCCGGACGGCACUCAAUUCGUCCAACAGCCUCAUUUUGUGAAUCAAAUUUCACCCCAAGUCCAGCAGGGACAGGAACAACAGCUGAUGAACAUGUAUGGAAUGCAAAAUCAGUUCCGUCAGAGACAAUUUUAUCAGCCACAACAGAUGCAGGGGCAGGUUAAUUACGCCCAACCGGUGUAUAGCCAAGUUGUGGAAAAUAGCGGAAGUGGUAAGGGGAAUUUUUAUUUAUUUAUUUUUUUGUUUUUAGAGACUUGUAAGGAAUGUAGAUGAAAGAUAGAACUGUAAUUCACGUUGAGCUGGCUGAAAUUUUACUUGAAUUAAACUUUUUUUGGAAUUUCGCACUGUGCGAAAUAUGAUUUUAGCCAAAAUUGAUGGCUUUUGAACUGGAAAAGUUCUAAAAUCAGUUUUGAAAUAUUUUCUAGGAUCGUAUCAUGAUAUCAUAAUGCUUUACUGAACUUAUAUUUACCAUUGUAUACCAAAAAUUUACAUUGCUUUUCAUUGCACUGUGCAAUAUCCUGUUUAAGAAGUUUUUGGUCAUUGCACUGUGCAAGACUCAAUGAAUCUUUGAGUAAAUUCGAGGAUUUCAGAGCCAAGAUCAGUCUCAGCACUGUUCGACAACUCUUCGGAGAAUUACACUGCCAAUUGGGUCUCCUCGACCUCUUCAAUUCCACCAGAGCAAAAGGUUCCGCCCGAAGGAAACGAGGACAUUGAAUCCAACGAUUUCGGUGGUACUUGGGUAAGAAAAUGAAAUUUUUUGUUAUUCACAUGACUCUAUGAGGUGCUUGGUAGAUUUUGAGCGGGAUUUCUCUUAAUGCCUGAGGCAAUUUUUGGGAUUUUUGCUCAUUUUUUGACGGAAUUUUUUGCUAAAAUUUUGUUAAAUUUUUUUGAUCAAUUUUAAAAUUUUUUGCUUCAGAUAGUAUUCUCAGAUAGUAUGUAUUGUCUAAGUGAACUUUUUUACCACCAGAAAUUCCAGAAAAGUUUGCUUUUUUCGAAUUGUUUUUCCCAUUUUUAGCCCCCAACAAGAUCUCAUCGCCAACCAAUCCCAAGACCAUACGAGCAGACGGAUGGCAUGAUGGCGGGUACUUCGGCAACGUCUGGAGGCUUUAUCGCCUCCUCGCCGCCAAUUCAGAAUCAUGGAGCACAGAAAUUGGAGGUUCAAGUUGGUCAGAUCAGCCUGAAUGAACAGCCAAGAACGGUAGGAUUUUUGAGGUUUUUGGUGGUUAAAGAUGGUUGUGAUAGUCAUAUAAUGAUGUAGUAGUGUAUAUGAGCUCUGUUGAGGCCAGUUUGAUCAAGGUAUUGGGUUAUUUUUGGUAGUUUUUGGCAAAUUUUUGCAGUUUUUAUAUUGCACUUGAUGACAAAUUGAAUUUUUGUUUGAUUUUCAAUAUUAAAUUUGCUUGAAAUGGCAUUAGUUGAAGAAUAAGACAUUCUGUGAUUUUUAAAAUGAAAAGCUGACAUCUAAAAAAUUUUUAUUCGUGAUUUAUAUUACACUUGACAAUAAUAUAAAAAAUUUUAUUUUUAGCUAAAAUUUUCAAUAUGAAACUAACUUAAUUAGAUGUAAAAGCGAAGAAAAAUUGAUCAUUUACUAUUUAAAGUCAGUUCAUGGUAUCUUAUGUUGUUUUAAACAUCAAUUUCUAUCAAUUUUUCUUAAUGUUGUAUCAAGUUCAAUAUAGAAAAAGAGACCGCUCUGGACUGUAAAAAGUCUCUCCGGAAAACCGGAAAAACUUUUGUUCAUCAAUUCCCCUUUCCAGAAUUCCCCAAUGUCCCUAUUGUUUUGACUCGCCGCAAAAAUUGUUUUCAGAUCAAGAUUAGAUUCGAAUUUUUGAGAUUAUAACACAACUUUGGGGACAAAAAGAGCAGGAACGUCCAGUAGAAUGUUUGAAAAGUAAUUUGGGAGGUUGUAAAAUACGUCAGAAUAACUCGGAGUACUUUAAAAAAGAUUUUUUGGGUCCCGCCACGAAAACUUGAACUUCUCGGAAAAGGCCUAGAAAUGGUUUGAAAUGGCAAAAUCCGGCUUGGAAAAGGGUCUAAAUAACUCUGAUUACCUUCGAUCCCUUUUCUUGUCUAUAGAAAAACGAGAUUUCAAAAAUGUUUUUGAGUUUUGUUAUUGUUUUCACCAAAAUAGCUGUUGCAUAAACCACUUUUUUUCUGCGGGUUCACAGAGGGUUGAAUAGCGAAAAAUAAGGUGGGUUGUAGACUUUGAAGUUGUUUUUCUCCCGUUCUCUUUUUGUGUUAUCCAUGGAGAAGGUGGUGAAUUGGAGAUUUCAGGGGAAGAGAUGGCGUUGAUGUAAUAAUAAGAGGGUGGAAGAUGUUGGGUAUAAUUUCUAAUGCUUUGGGAGAUUUGAAGUUGAUUUUUUUUGGUAAAAUACGCGAGAUAGAAACUGGUCAGCGCGUGGCGAUAUAAUAGAGUCGAUGAAAUGGUUUGAUUUUGAAGGAGAUGAAAAGAAUUUUCGAAAAAUAUGCUGUUUUUCCAAAAAAAUUUUAUAUUUUUGGCCAUAAAAUUGGAUUAUAAAGUGGACAUGGGAGUUUGGCUGAUAACUUUAUGUCUUUACAGAAUUUUUAGACUUUUUUUGAUGCGUCAAAAUGGAAUACUUGGUUUUAAAUUCUUGAUAUUCGAAAGUUUUGUAAUUUUUUGGGCGUAACAUGGAAUACUAAGGUGAAGAAAGCUGUUUGGCUCAUACCCUGAGGCCUUGACGGCACAAUAGAGCCGUUAAUUUUGUUUGGAGAGCUCGGGAAGGCAAAGAUUUCUUCCAAAAUUUUAAGAAUUUCCUCGGCUUUAUGGAAAUUGGACACAGUGAAGUUGGAGAGGUUUCUUUUUCUGCAAUGAUAUUUUACGAAAUGUCACUAUUUAAUUUUUUGCAGUAAAAAAAAUCUGUCUAAUUUCACUCCUUCCAAUUUCCCUCUGUCUAAUUUCCAUGAAGCCGAGGAAAUUUUCAAAGUUUUGGAGGAAAUCUUUGCUUUCCGAGCUCUCCAAACAAAAUUAACGGCUCUAUUGUGUCGUCAAGGCCUCAAGGCAAGAGCCAAACAGCUUUCUUCACCUUAGUAUUCCAUUUUACGGCUAAAAAAUUACAAAACUUUCCAAUAUCAAAAAUUUAAAACCAAGUAUUCUGUUUUCACGCGUCAAAAACAGUCUAACAAUUCUGUAAAGACACAAAGUUAUCAGCCAAACUCCCAUGUCCACUUUAUAAUGCCAUUUUACGACCAAAAAUUUAAAAAUUUUUUGAAAAAAUCGCAAAUUUUAAUUCUAUUUUCGCGUAUCAAAAAUAGUCUCGCAAGAUUUUCCCCGAAAUUUUAAAAGUUUUCCUCACCUUUUGCCUAUUUUUCGACGUUAUUGACGCCUCUUUGGAAGCUAUCCAAAACGCCCCACCAAUGUUUCCCCCAUGCCUCCUCCCCCCACUCACCAAAAGGCCCAUCCGCUCGCGCCUGCGGCCCGCUCUCUCGACGACGGAAUAAUUGGAAUCAUUGAGGGAAAAUCCGCGGCCAAAAGUCCCGCAAAAAAGCGACACGGGAAGGGGGGAGGAAAGAGAGCAGAAGGCGAAAAGAGCGCGUCUUUUCAUCGCUGGCCAGGUCCCCCCUCCUCACUCACUUAGCCCUCACAAAGCCCCUCCCGAAUUUUCUCCGCAAAAAAAUUCGCUCAUUUUUUUGCAUGGCCAAGUCCCAAUCGCUCCUCGCUUUUUUCGACGAAAUUGGCCCAGAAAUGAAAGAAAAUUUUGGCUUCAGGCCCUCUUGAACGAAAUUUUGUUGUUGUUGAGGACGUAAGAAGGGCGUUUAUGGGAAAUAUUUGCGGGAGAAUGGAGUUGGGAUCGAGUUUUGGACAAAUUUUGGGCGUUUUUGAGGAAAAUUGACGGAUUUUUGGGGAGAAUUGACAAAAAUAUGGGGUUUUUGAGGAUUUUGAAGAUUUUAGGAAGCAAUGUGAAAAUUGCCGUGAGGAUAAUUGAAGGGAACUCGUAUUUUAGGGAGAUUUUGGGAUUUUUGCCCGGGUUUAGUGGGAAUUUUGAUAAAAGAUGUCUGCAAAUGGAGUGAAGCAUGGGAAAGAAAGCAGGAAAUAUAAGUUUUAUGAUACUGGUGACCUAAGGGAAGUAACACAGAAUUUUUGAGAAAAAAAUGUUUUUUUGACAAGGAAAGUACUUUUAUGGGGGCUCCUACUUUUUGACGGGACAUAUCUCAAAAAAUCAGAAAAAAUGUGCUGAUCAAGGAUAUAUAAAUCUUAGCUGCCCAUUUUAGGUUUUUAGGGGUGAAAAUGCCCAAAAACUGGCUUAAUUUCCCUACAAAAGGCGCAGGCAUUCGAAACGAUAAAAAGCGCAGUCGGUCUCUUCCUUCGGAAGAGAGCGGUGUGGCCGAGUGGUUAGUGCCGUAGUCUGGGAGUCAAGAGAGGGAACGCCACACGGGUUCGAUUUCCCUUUUGGGCUGAAUCAACUUUUUUUGAAGAUGAAGGUCGGAAAAAUAAAUUUUUGUGCCAAGACUGAUUUAUUACGUCUUAGAAACUCAAUAAACAUCAUUUUAAGCCAAAAUAAAAAUUGUAAACCUGUGAAAAAUUAAGCGAAAAGGGAUUCAUAUAGGACUUUAAGUCAACUUCCGAUUGAGUUUUCACCCCUAAAAACCUAAAAUGGGCAGCUAGGAUUUAUAUAUCCUUGAUCAGCACAUUUUUUCUGAUUUUUUGAGAUAUGUCCCGUCAAAAAGUAGGAGCCCCCAUAAAAGUACUUUCCUUGUGAAAUUCGAAAAUUUUUGUUUUUUCAAAAAGUUUUUUUUAUUUUUCGGUGUUUUAUGAUCUUUCGGGAAUAAAUUUGCUAACUGAAAUCUUUUCUUGACUAUUUGACCAUUAUUAGCAUUAUUAUUUAGUUUCACUGAGCUUUUGAAUCCACUUGAAACAAGAUUUUAUCAUAUUUUAGGUAAUAAUCCGGAAUUGUCCCCCCAAAUAGGGUAAUUACUCUCUGAAAUGUAUUACUUAUUUUGUCUAAUCUGAUGCUAUAUAAUCUGCAAGUUAUUUGGAGCCCUAAUCUUGGAGUUUUUUUAGUUUUUCUAGGAAAAUUUGAGUUUUUUUCCAAUUUCUUUGAAGGAAAUUGAAAAUUAUCUUUUUUUCUUGUUUUUGGACGUUUAUAGGUAGAAAAACAACGUGAUUCGUUGAGUCACGGAUCAAUAAACAUGUAUAAAUUUGAUUUUCCUUUCGUUUCUCUCGAAUUUCAGCUGAUUUUUGGCAAAAUUUGAGGGAAACUGAGGUUUCUUGGGGUUUUUCUUGCUUUUGAGAGGAUUUUUGGAUAAAAUACGAGGGUUCUCAAUGCUGCUUUGUGGUGAAAUUUUGUGAAAUUCGUAGGGAAAGUCUUUUUUGGCAUUUUGUUUCAAGGAUUUGGACGAUUUUAUUAUUUUUUUGGCGUUUUGUGCCUUUUUGACCUAAAUUAAUGUUUUUUCGAUGUUUUUAUAAAUAUCCUCGAACAUUUACUGAUAAUUGAAUGGUUCUUGAUGCCCAUUCUCCGAAACACAUCGCAUGUCAAAAGUCACUGCCGUAAUUGUACUUUAUUUUGCCAUAGUAACCGGUUUCCAUAUUGUUUUAGGUAUGAAUUGAUGAAAUUUGGCGAAAAACUUGUGUUUAGCGUAAAAUACGAUGAUUGAAAUGACGUCAUAUAGCUAGAAACUUCACCGGUAGACAAUAUAAACAUGUUUUCGCUGCGUUUUCGAAGAAUUUUGCGCCCGAAAUCCCCGUUUUUAACAUGAUUUACAACGUCAGACGUUGGCCUCCGCGGGAAAUGCAUUAAUUUUGAGGUCCACAGCUUGUUUACAGCUCUGUGAUUGUAUUGGAUAUUAAAAUGGGUGUUGGUGAACAAGAAAACUUGCCAAAAACAUGAAUUUUGUCUAGUGUAAUAUAAUUAAUUUGAGGGUAUUGAGAAUUUUUUUGUCGAAAUGGCACUGUAGUACUGUAAGAUGAAUUAAAGUUGAUUAUAUACCAGCUUUUACGGCCUUAUAGCGGUUGUAAACAUCAGUUUUGGCCAGAAAACAGUCAGUUAUGGCUGCGGAGAAAUAAUAAUGGUCUUGCGGUUCAUAAAUCCUACUAGAAAAACCAUUGUUGGACAUGCCGGACGUCUUGACGUUCCUUUCUUUCCACUUGUUUUCUUCUGAGGUUCACACUUGAACGAUAAUUAUGAAUAAUGUCAUGGAUAAUAUAUUUUUUUGGUGAAAACUUGGGAAAGGAUCAUUGAAAAGUAUUGGUGAAGGGAGAAUAAGCUUGAAUAUGAUGUUUGGAAGUGGGUUCGGGGUUUGAUUUGAUGUGUGUUGGCGGAAAGUAGCAGAAAUUCCUCAUGGACAAUAUAAUUUUUGGUGAAACGGAUUAAUUCUUGAUGUGGAAACAAUGGGUUUGAUCGGGAAAUGGACGAGAAUAAGCUUGUAAUGCUGUUUAAUCUUUGAAUUUGGUGAUUUUUUAUAGAAAAUAGCUGAAAUUUGGCAAGUGUAAUAUAACUUUUGAUAAAAAGAUUGUUUUUUCGACAUGAAAGUUAUUCUUUUUUGUCGCGAGAGGCUUUAAAACAGUUUUAGAAUUACUUUUAUGGGUGUAAUUUUUUGAUUUUCUAUCGAAAAUAGCCAAAAAUUGUCAAGUGUAAUAUACAGUGACUGAUCCAGUGGCAAAAAACGUAUCAUUUUGCAUCCGGGAAGUAUCAAAAAAUGUAGUAAAAUGCCUCCCACUCCAACUAAAAAACUCCGUUUUGAAGGAAGCGCUUUUUAAAUCGGAGUUUUUUAGUUUGAUAGGGAGGAAUUUUGCCACAUUUUUGACACUUCCCGGAUGCAACAUGAUACGUUUUUUGCCACUGAGUCAGGUCCACCACUGUAUAUUAAUUUCAGUUGACAAUUUUUGGCUAUUUUCUAUAGAAAAUUAAAAGAAUAUAUCCACAAAAGUAGUUUUAAUACUGUUUUAAAGCCUCUCCCGACAAAAAGAAUAAUUUUCGUGUCGAAAAAGAAUCUUUUUUUAUCAAAAGUUAUACUACACUUGAAAAAUUUCAGCUAUUUUCUUUAAAAAAUCGCCCUACUCAAAGAUUAAAUAGCUUUGCAAGCUUAUUCUCGUCCAUUUCCUGAUCAAACCCAUUGUUUCUACAUCAAGAAUUAAUCCUUUUCACCAAAAAUUAUAUUAUCCAUGAGGAAUUUCUGGUAUUUUCCGCCAACACACAUCAAAUCAAACCCCGAACACAUUUUCGAUCGAAAACUGUAUUAUUAUGCCGUAAAACACGUGGAAGUGACUUGCUCUUCUUUUUCGCGGCCAUAUUUGUUGUUUUCAGAACGUCUACACGCAGCAGACCUACUUGGCCUACCAACAACAGCCUCCGCAGGCCUUCCCCGCCCCUCAACCCGACCCCGAACUGGUCCCCACGAACAUGGCCGCCGCCUCGAUGGUCGCCAACCCCGUGCCGCACGCCCGACCCACCUACUCGGACAUGGUGAAGCGGGGCGCCCCACCCUCCCAACACGUCCAAGUCCAUAUCACCCGAAAAGAGCCCAAAGAUCAGGUAGAGUCGCCUCACCGCGUUGAAUGUGAUUCGAGUUUUAGGCCAAGACAGCGACCACACUGCAGAAUGAUCGCAGCAAAGGCAAAAUUCCGCAAAGAAGGUAGGAGAAUUGAAGGGUUUUUGAUGUUAUACUUGAUGGGUCUAGUGUAAUAUAAAAAACGGUGAAUAUGUCGGUGAAAAUUUGAGAGUUUUGAUUGAUUUUUGGAGGGGAACAAGUUUAGAAGGUACUUUUUGAAUUUACAUUCGCAAAAUUUGCAUACUCUCUAAAGUGACAUUUUAUACGAUGAAACAUGUUUUGGUGAAAAUAGAAGGAAAUUAGAAUUUAGAAUGGAUGAAUAAGGUAGAAGAGAGUGUAGUACAGUGGAAUGAGUAUUAAUAAGUCAGAAAUUGGUCAGAUUGCGAUGACUUUUUUGUAAUUUUGUAUUGUUUUAGCCAAAAUGGCGAUCGUUCAAUCCCCGGAAGAGGCUCGGCCAAUGGAGAUAGUGAGGUAAGUACAUGUCCUUAUAGUUAUGAAGCUCUAAGAAGUGUUUUGAGAUUCUGAAAUUUGAUUUUUACCGAUUUUUUUGAGAUUUUUCAAAAAAUUUUCCGAUUUUUUUAAUUUUUUCAAUUUUUUUCAGCGCCGCAGAGUCCCCGGCUCGUCGGAAUCUCAACAGAACUCAACCAGACCAUCGGCAUCCGCUCAGCACUCCGUACGGAGUCAAAGAAACGGACCUCAGCCCUCAACGGCCCCCACAAAUCCCCAAACUUUUGAUGGAAAUUAUCACUCCCCCAACGGCCAAAAAUCCUUCAACCCAAACCGAAGUUAUGCCGCUCCCUCGGCACAGCCAGCACAGUAUAAUUGGCCAAGGACCGCGUCCCGAACCUCCACACAGCCAACAAGUGUAAGAUUUUUUCGAUUUUUGCCUAGUGUAAUAUAAUUUUUAAAAAAAAAUUUUGGAUUUGAGUUUUAAUUUGACGAUUUGGGGUUUCAGUCUCGAAGCGUACCUCCGAACAGCACCGAAACGCUCCACUUUGACCUCACCCAAACCCAAAACUGCCCCCAACAACAGCAACAUUUCAAUCGGCCCGCUCCCUCCCACCAGAUCCCAUUCCCACAGGCCUUCAACGUCCCUCCGCCCAAUCAGCAACGCCUCAUUCUGAACCAACCUCCACCCGGAUGCGCCAUGUCGGCAGGUGAGCCCGCAAUUUUAGGGAGAGAAUGGGUUUUUGGACUUGGCGAGCUGCGCCCUGGGAUAGGUGGAAAUUUGGGGGAUUUAGAUGUGAAAAUAAGAUGAGUUGGGUGUAAAAGCUAAUGACACGUCUGUCAAAUCAUUUUUAGAUUUUUUUGGGCUAUACAGGGUGUUCAGAGAAUUAUGGAAAAAACUAAUCAUUAAUAACUUUGCGCUCGGUGGUCCAAUCCGAAAAUUUUUUUUUGCAUUUUACAGAAAAACCUUGGAGUUUUUAGAAUCUAAAAAUUUUUUUUUUCUUUUAUCGGCGGAGACUUCCGUAAUCCGCGUUGAAUUCGGCGGAGUGUUUUUUCACAAAACACGGCUGUAAAUCGUUGUAUGUGUAAAGAAAAUGGGCGGAAAAGGAUUUAGAAGAUACAAUGUGACAUUUCUUUCAAAUUUCUGUGCUUCGGCGGAGACAUUUUUAACCUCGGCGGACGAUUUUUCUGCGACCCCGGAUAGUCAAAAUUGGCGAAAACCAAAGAGUAUGGUAUCCCUGGUGGCAUGGAGCUUAAAAACGAUUUAAUACGUCUUCAGCCGGCUGGCAGAUGAAAAAAAGGUAAUUCGGCGGAGAAAUCGGCGGAGAAAAAAAUUAACCCAUUUAAGAAAUUAUGAUGAGAAAACUAAAGUUGUAGGUUUAUACGGCCUUGAUCAACCAAAAAUAUGAUUCUUCUUAUUGGCGGAUGCUCGGCGGAUGAAUUUGCAUAAGUUUUUAAAUACGUUCAUCUUUUUUUCGCCUAUCUCUCCGCCGAAUUGCCGUUUUUUCAUCUGCCAGCCGGCUGAAGACGUAAUAAGUCGUUUUUAGGCGCCAUGCCACUUGGGAUACCAUACGCUUUGGUUUUAGCCAAUUUUGACUAUCCGAAGUUGAAGAAAAAUCGUCCGCCGAGGUUAAAAAAUGUCUCCGCCGAAGCGCAGAAAUUUUAAAGAAAUGUCACAUUGUAUCUUCUGAAUCCUUUUCCGCCCAUUUUCUUUACACAUACAACGAUUUACAGUCCUAUUUUGUGAAAAAAACACUCCGCCGAAUGCAACGCGGAUUACGGAAGUCUCCGCCGAUAAAAGAAAAAAUUUUUUUUAGAUUCUAAAAACUCCAUAGUUUUUCUGUAAAAUGCAAAAAAAAAUUUCGGAUUGGACCACCGAGCGCAAAGUUAUUAAUGAUUAGUUUUUUCCAUAAUUCUCUGAACACCCUGUAUAAGAGGUUUGACUCUGGCGACCUGCGCCCUAGGAUAGGUGUAAAUUUGAGAAUUUUACCUUAUUUUUGUCACAAUUGAUGACUAAAAAUGCUGGCUAUGCAAUUAUAGACGUGAUUUUAUUUAUUUAUUUUUUUUAUUUUUUGGAGUUGCAAUUUUGGCAGGCUGCGCCCAGGGGAAUUUCGAAUUUUCCGGAUUUUUUUAAACUUUAGCGGUUGAAAUUGCAGAUUAUAGUAGAACGGAGUAAAAUUAAUUAUUUUUGACUUUAUUUUUUUACUUGCAGGUCCCCCAGGCGCCAUCCCCCACCAAAUGCCCUUCAUCAACACCCAAAUGGGCCUUUUCCGGCCCCCCUUCCCACCCGCCAUGCCCUAUCAGGUCCCACUGCCCGGCAAUCAGUUCUUCCCGCCCAACACGAGACCCCUCAGCCCGCAGAACGACUACUUCCGCGGCACUUGGCUGGAUCAGGACCAUCUUCCGCAUGAUCAACUGAUCGCCGAAUUGACUUUGUUACAUGCCGCGCAUGCUCAUAACAACACUGUCAUGAUGAAUAAGAGCUGGGUAAGGAAGUUGGAAGCAGUUGGGGAUGAGUUGGAGGCUUUUGGAGGGAGUUGAGCGAUUUUUUUGCAAAUUUUGUCUAGUGUAAUAUAAAUUUUUUGUUGAUUUGGUUUGGUAAGUGAGUAAAAUGCAGCGGAUUUGGUGUGAAGUUUGAGAUAGAGGUGUUUAAAAAUAGUUUGAGUUGUUUUUAGAUAUUUUUGAUUUUUUUUUUUUUUUUUGAAAAAAUAAUAAAUUUUGCGAAUUUUUUUUUUCGAUUUUGAGGAAUUUAUGUAAUAAAAAGAUGGUAUGAAGCAUAUUAAGGAUUUAUAAAUUGGUUAAAAUACGUUGGGGUGUUGUUUUUUCCGAAAAAAUCGAAGAAUUUUGACAAAUUUUACCUUGUUUUCGGUAAAAUUUGACCAUUUUUCCUAAAAAUACCCAAAUUUUUUCAGAAGAACCCCCCGAACACACAUGGCCAUGUAAAUUCGUUGUUGUCGACAACAAUGCGCCUAGUAAACGCCAACCAACCCACCGGAUUCUCACUGCACAUGGUCGGCGCGGUGCCCGGAGCUCAAACCCAAUGGCGUGGAGGCCCGUCUAAGCCUCGAGGCAAUGGAAAUAGGGUAAGGGUUUGCAAAUUUGAUGGUGAAAAAGCUUGGGAGGAUUAUUCGGAAGGUUAGAUGGAAGUUUGGAACGAUUUGGGAGAGUUCCCCUGAUCUUCAGGGUUUUCGUGGUGGGACCAAAAUCGGGUUAGAUUUGUUUGAUUUUUUGGCGGUUUUGGGGCCUAAUGGUACUGUUUGAUACAUCGGGAAGGUGGUUUGAAAAUUUCGGGCGAUUUGGGAGAGUUCCCCUGAUCUUCAGGGUUUUCGUGGUGGGACCAAAAUUGGUGAUAAAUUUUUUUGAAUUUUGGCAAUUUUUUAUAUCUAAUGGUACUGUUUGGUACACUGAAAAGGUGAUUUAAAAAUUUCUGGCGAUUUGGGAGACUUUCCCUGAUUUUCAGGGUUUUCGUGGUGGGACCAAAAUUGGUGAUAAAUUUUUUUGUUUUUUUUUGCGAUUUUAGGAUCUAUGGUACUUGUCUGGUACAUUGGGAAGGUGAUUUGAAAAUUUCGGGCGAUUUGGGAGGCUUCCCCUGAUUUUCAGGGCUUUCGUGGUGGGACUCAAAGUUAUGCCGAAAGUUGACGGUUUUAACAGUAUUUGAAAAAAUCGACCUCUAGAAGCUCCAAGAAUGAUAUUUUUUCGUUUUUAGAUGCUUGAAAAUUUUCGUGGAAGGACAAAACAUUUUGGCGGGAAAAUUGAAAUUUGAAUUUUUUUGCAAAAUUUGAAUACGAAGUUGUGAAUUUAGCUCUAAUUCGCCGUUUCAGGACGUCCGUCGCACCCCCUCGAGCCGCACCCGACAAUCCGACCAGGAAUCGGCCAAACCGACCACUUCCACACCGGCCGAAACAGCCGAAGCCCCCGAAACCGAGAAAAGACCCGCCGAAAACCCGGAGCCGGAAGAGGAUUCCAAAUCGGAAGAGCCCAACGACCCCGAACACAAGGAUCAGCAGCCCGAAGAAGCGGCCGAACCCACAAAAACGGCCGAAACUCCGAAGUCGCCGGAAAAGGAAAAGGCCGCCGAAAUCGAAAAGGAACCCACAAUUGAGACCACCGCGGAGUAG